AUGAGCUUUGAAGAGGACUACCGGCGGCAGCGCGACCCCUACGCCGACGAGUUUGACCGUCGGAGCGUAGGCAGCGAGCGCUCCUCACACAGCGUGCACUCCCACAGCGAGCACACCCACAGCCGCCGAAACAGCUUCAGCUCACACUCGCAGCAGAGUCAGGUGUACAGGAGCCAACCUGACCUGGUUGCCGCGGCCUACGACCCAACAGCGUCAGGCUUGCCCCUGGACUACUCCAGCUACAGUCAGUAUCCCACGCAGCAGGAGUACACCGACACAAACAGCUGGCCAGCCGUGGAGCAACCACCCCCACGACCUCUGACACCAGAGAAGUUCUGUGUCCCCCAUCGCUGCGCGCGGUUUGGUGCCGCCGGUCAGCUGAUCAUCGUCCAGCCCAACAUGCCUUCCGCUGGGCAGCCGGCCCUUAUUGAAGUGCACAACAUGGAGACGCUGAUGCAGGACUCUCAGGAGCAGACAGAAUUGCGUUCAUUCCCUGGACCUCUGAUCAAGGAGGAGACGCAUAAAGUAGAUGUUAUCAAGUUUGCCCAGAAUAAGGCCCUGGAGUGCAUGCGCAGUGAUGACCUUGUUGACAAAUAUUCCGCCUGCCUUAUCUGGGAGUUCAUUGUCUUGAUGUGCCGACAAAAUGGGACGGUUGUCGGCACAGACAUCGCCGACCUCCUGCUCCGUGAGCACCGCUCCUCGUGGCUGCCGGGGAAAUCUCCGAACGAGGCGAACCUCAUCGACUUCAACAACGAGGCUCUGGAGCAGCCCGAGGAGGCGGAGCAGGGGGCCAUGUCACUCAUAUCAGACACCUUCAUGAGCGUGCCCGACAACAUCGGCAAGGAGACGGAGCGCUUUCGCGAGCUGCUGCUGUUCGGACGCAAAAAGGAAGCUCUGGAGGCAGCCAUGAAGAACGGUCUGUGGGGUCACGCUCUGCUGUUGGCUAGUAAGAUGGACAGCAGGACACAUGCCAGAGUCAUGACCAGGUUUGCCAAUAGCUUGCCCAUCAAUGACCCUCUGCAGACUGUUUACCAGCUCAUGUCUGGGAGGAUGCCAGCUGCUGCUACAUGUUGCGGUGAAGAGAAGUGGGGUGAUUGGCGCCCCCACCUGGCCAUGGUGUUGUCUAACCUCACUCACACAGUGGACCUGGACAUGCGCACCAUCGCCACCAUGGGCGACACCCUGGCUUCCAAGGGCCUGGUGGAUGCAGCUCACUUCUGUUACCUGAUGGCUCAGGUGGGGCUGGGCGUGUUCACCAAGAAGAGCACCAAGAUGGUGCUGAUCGGCUCCAACCACAGCUUGCCGUAUGAGAGGUUCUGCACGUCCGAGGCCAUCCAGCGCACGGAGGCGUAUGAGUAUGCCCAGUCUCUGGGCUCUCAGCCUCUCAGCCUGCCCAACUUCCAGGUGUUCAAAUUCAUCUACGCGUGUCGCCUUGCUGAGAGUGGGCUCUGUGCCCAGGCCUUCCAUUACUGCGAGGUCAUCAGCCGAGCUCUGCUGACACAGUCACACUACCACUCGGUGGAGUUCAUCGGCCAGCUCAUAGAGAUGUCUGCCCGGCUGCGGUUCUAUGACCCCCAACUGAAGGAGAAGCCAGAGCAGGAGCUCUUCUUGGAGCCCAACUGGCUACUGCACCUCCGGGAGCUGGACAGAGAGAUCCAGGGAGGGGAGGUCACUUUUAGGGACAGGGGGACGCCCCAGCUCUACCCCUGCUCCUCUCCCAGCUCAGAAGAGCCCCCCACCCGCCCAACCCUCCACCUCACCCCCGACUCCUCCAACCCUCCUGAUGGCCACUCUCAUGCCGGGGCUCCACUGCCUGGUGUCCAGCUCAUGCCACCAGCCCCACAAACCUUUCUGCAGGAUGGAGCUCCAGCCGUCGGCCAGAGCCCAGAUGCUGGGGGCUUCUAUCAGACUCUGCCCAAGCCGGCGGUGUCCACAUUCUCCCACGCCUACCAGCCAGACAGCAACUCACCUAUGCCCCAACACACUGGACCCCCACUAAUGAACUCAGACAUGCCUGGGCAUAUGACUCCUCAGAUACCUGGUCAAGUACCUGGUCAGAUGCCCCCACCCAUGCCGGGGCAGAUGGCUCCUCCGAUGCCAGGACACAUGCCAGGUCAAAUGCCAGGGCAACUUCCCCCUCAGAUGCAUGGGCAGAUGCCCCCACCCAUGCCGGGGCAGAUGCCAGGGCAGAUGCCCCCACCCAUGCCGGGGCAAAUGCCAGGGCAAAUGCCAGGCCAGAUGCCCUCACCCAUGCCUGGGCAAAUGCCGGGGCAAAUGCCAGGGCAAAUACCAGGCCAGAUGCCUGGGCAAAUGCCGGGGCAAAUGCCAGGGCAGAUUCCUCCAUAUAUGCCGGGGCAAAUGCCGGGGCAAAUGCCGGGGCAAAUGCCUCCACAUAUGCCCGGGCAAAUGCCAGGGCAGAUGCCACUUUCCAUGCCCGGUCAGAUGCCUCCACCGAUGCCUGGAGGAGAUGCCCCACCCUCUCCCCAGAUGCUCCCUCCGCAGCCCCCUCAGAUGGACUUCUACGACCAGAUGGCUCACCUGGUACGGAGACUGUAG